UCUACUCUCUAUAGGGUACCUGAGCUUAGUAGAUUAAAUCUCUCAUUCGUGACUACUAAAUUAGUUUAUUUAACCAUUCACGUGAAUCUCAUCAACAUGUUUGAUAUCAUAACCCGUUUUAGUAUUUUAAGUCCUUGGCAGAGACCAGAGAGUUUCAGGAAGAGAGUUCAUUACUUUGCAAUGGAGACAAACAAGAAGCUCAAAAUUUCUUCUGAGUUGUCCUUAUCUGAUGAAUCCUCAGCUUCUUCUUCUAUCAGACCUGAGAAAAUUUUGGAAGUGAAGAAAGAGUCAGUUUCUUGCCGGAAUAUUCAUAAGGCAGACCGAGAGAAGAUACGUAGAGAUAAGCUCAACGAACAGUUUCUUGAGCUCGGAAAUGCACUUGAUCCUAACAGGCCUAAGAGUGACAAAGCUUCGAUUCUCAUUGACACAAUACAAACACUGAAAGAUUUAAUGACUCAAGUAGAUAGACUAAAGGCUGAGCAUGUCACACUUUCUCAAGAGUCUUGUGAGCUAGUACAAGAGAAGAGUGAGCUGAGAGAGGAGAAAACAUCUCUUAAAUCCGACAUAGAGAUUCUUAAUGCUCAAUAUCAGCAUAGAGUCAGAAGCAUGGUCCCAUGGAUUCCACAUUACACUUAUCCUGUUGUCCCUUUAGUUGCCAUAACCCAGGGUCCAGUCUCCACUCUGCCUUUUCCACUCCAUGGAACUCAAAAUCCUGCACCGUCACCUAACUCAUGCUCUACCUUUAUGCCCUAUUCAGCCUCACUCAGUUCUAAAACCGAACAAAAAGAUGAUGUUGGUUUAGAGCUUGAGCUUAACAUCCACGCCUCCUCUUCAGCUCAACAGGAUGUUUCUGGAAAAGAAAAGAAAGGAAACUUGACAAUCCCUGCAAGCUCAUCUAAUAGUUACUACUCAUCAUCUCAAGCUGUUCAAGAUAGUUCCCUUGGAAAUUUAAAUAACAUUUUCAAGUCAUAAACUCUGUAAUUUUCAGUCAAGUAAAACUCUGUGAACUAUGUGUAUGUAUUUUAUCAUCACAAGCAAAUAAAAAAAAAAAAACAAAAUCAUCUGCUCA